AUGCUGCUCACGAGCCCCUUCUUGGAACGGCAAUCUCUCCCCAAGGUGCUGAAUUUCUACAAUAUUUGGUGGGCGGUGGACCACUGGAUCUGCACCCACUGGGAUGACAGAAACAAGGAUCGAGACAGAAUGGUGGCCAACGUUCGACUAGGUCUGGCUCUCUUGAUUCUGGCGUUUUUCCUGUCUUUGCCAGUCCUCUACCGUGCGCACGCAUUGAAAGUGGAAGCCGCCAGUGCAUUGCUCAUGUCUGCAGCGAUGGAUCAACUAUGUCGACAUGGGAUCCCUGAGUGGGUCGCAACGUGGCGGCUAUAUUGGCGGGUCCAGCUUUUGCUGCUUAUGACUCUCAAGCUGCAUCCGCUGAGCCUUUCUGCUGCGGUGGCCUUCCUGAUUUGGAGAUCUUUCACGACAAUGUUCCCGGACUCUUGGGCUUAA